AUGGGUGCGGGUCGAGGGGCAGUUUCUGCUCUCAUCUCCUGGUCCUCCUCCUCCUCCCUCAUCCACCACCCCUUCGUCCUCUCCCCGCACCUCACCUUCCGGCCACUUCUCCCCCUCCGGCACCUCCGUGGCAGAGGGGCCUCGGUGAGGAUGGCGUCAGAUAGCGGCGCCCCCCAGAAGGAGUGCUCCGCCGCGGCCGCCGCCUCAUCCCUGGGAACUUCCUCCGCCCCCGCGGGUUCGAUGUCCUCGGCGUCGUCCGCAUCUUCCUCCGCCGUCGAUUUCCUGACGCUCUGCCACCGGCUCAAGGUCAGGUCGUCCUUCUCUUUCUCUGUCUCGAGCCUUCUAUCUCGGUAUGUGGCCCUAAGAUGGGACUGACUGGGAGGAAAUGGUGGCGCAGACCACGAAAAGGGCAGGGUGGGUGAUUCGGGGAGUGCGGGAUCCCGAGUCCGUGGCGGAUCACAUGUACCGGAUGAGCGUCAUGGCACUCAUCUCUGCGGAGCUCCCUGGUGUGGAUCGGGAAAGGUUAGGGUCCUGUCGUCUGUUCUGCUCUUUUCUGGUUUCAGAUUGAGUCGAAAUUUUUCUGUCGGUAUCUUGAGGCAAUGUAGUUGCUGCACUAUUUCUUUUGAGUUUGUAUUAAUGAACUGGGUAUAGUAUCCUUCCCGUAGUUCUCUUCCCGUACAUUUUUGGUGAAUUUUGAUUGUCUAUUUGAUGAUUUUGCAGGUGCAUUAAAAUGGCCAUUGUGCAUGACAUUGCUGAAGGUGUGUGCUGCGUUUGAACGUGGCCUUCAAAGCCGUGGCCUUAAAAGCCAUGGACUUUCUUUAGGAAAUUUCCCGCCUUCCUCUCUUGUGCACGGUGGAAUGGAUUCACUAUAGUUUAUGCAUUUUAAACAUUUUCAUUAUAGUGUAAAUGGGAUUUGAUAGAUGUCUAUCGAGGAAAAGAUUAAAGGAACCCCAUAAUAUAGUUUUAGAACCAGAAAAUUGUUUUUUCUACAUUAAAUUGUAUCUCUAUAGCUAUUUUUUUUCGAUUUCGACGUUUUCUUUUAAUUUCGAUUUUUUGUGUAUUUGAGAUAUUUUAUCUCUUAUCAUUUUCUUAAUCCACCUAUCACAAUGGAUUCCUCAUUCCACUUCUACGUUCUUCUCCUCAUACUCCACUUCUCCACACCCUCUUUUGUGCUUAAAACUAUGAGAUGCCUUCUAUUUCUCUUGAGUGCCCAAUUUCUCUGACACAUGUUUACAGUUCCUUUUUCCAAUAAUGAAAAUAGUGAGUGUUAUGGGUUUGGCAAAUCCCUAAGAUGGUAUAUUGUAUAUGCUGAUUCGACCAAUGCAUCUAGAUUUAUGCUGUAACAAAUGGUGUCGGAACGUGGUAAGCAGCUGGGCGAUAGAAAGUUUAUUCAUACUUUUUAAGGAUUUGGACCCUCAAAUCCUAGACAAUCCUAAAUUAAUAGCCUCGCUUGAUCACGGCAAUGUUCCUAUGUGAUGUGCAGUAUUCAUGUGUUCCUUCUGUUUGCCCACUGAAUAUGGAAAUGCCGCUCUUUUCUCUGUCCACUAUGAGUGAUUAUCUAAUUUGCAAGCUCAAUGCAUGUAAUUGAGAUGAUACUUUGGGAAAUGUAUUAAAUGUUUCGUGGAACUCUCUCUGUUUCUAGCCAUUGUUGGUGACAUCACCCCUUCAGAUGGUGUGCCCAAAUUGGAAAAGAGUCGACGUGAACGAGAAGCACUUGAUCACAUGUGCACAUUACUUGGUGAUCGCUCAAGAGGUAAAUUAAGCUUUCUUCUCUUGCCCUUUCCUAUGGCAUAUAAUUUAAAAUUUUUAGCUGAAUUUCUUACUUUUAAAAAAUUGUGAUAAUUAGAUAUUAAAAAGAAGGAUGUAUCUUUUUUCUUUUGACCUUUUCUGGGCAUUGGCUUCUACGUAUCAAUUUAUGUACUUCCAUCUAUUUCUGAUUAAAUACUUUUGGUACCCGUCCUGACCGAAAACAAGAAAAUAAAAAGCUAUGGUGAUUCUUUGCAGUCCUAUUGGCAGUCAUUGAGAUUUAACUAAUUCCCAUUUUGUAGCAAAGGAAAUUCAUGAGCUAUGGAUGGAAUAUGAGGAGAACUCGUCCUUAGAAGCGAAGCUUGUGAAGGACUUUGACAAGGUAUGAUUAUGUCAAACCUCUCGUUCGUUCGCAGUCUCUUGUACUUUUAUUAUUAUUAUUGUUAUUAUUUCUGUAGUCAUGCUGAACUAGUUCUUCAUUUUUUAUACGUCAAGAUAUCAUUUUAUUUCCCUAACUUAAAUCGGAGUGUCUGUAAUCCGUGUAGUAGAGAAAGUGAGGGUGUGUCAAAAGUACUGAUGAGACAACCAAAAAAGAAAAAAAAAAUUAUUCUGAGAAAUUCUGUGUAGUCGCCUCCCGUUCAACAGAAAGCUCUGUCAGAAAGUCAGAUCAUUUCAUGCAACUGAAAUAAAUGGCAUGGAUGAAAAGAACGACUUUUGGUACUAACCCAAUAAAGUAAUUAUCCAUGCACGCAUCCCAAAGUGCUUACAUGCCCCCUCAUACUCUCCCCAGCUGUUUGAUCGACCCAAUAUUUGCAAAGUGCUUCUAUCAAUGAAUGCUAUUAUGCAAAGUCAAGAUAUAUAUAUAUAUAUAUAUAUAUUAUUGCUCAACUUACUGUCAUUUUCGACUGAUGUUAAUAUGAGAAUAUCCCGAACAGAAAUUAUUCUCAUGUGAAGUGGUGUAGUUAUGUGGUCAUCCCUUCCGCUGUCUCCCACUUUUUUGGAACUUUAUUUGCUUUUUUUUUUCAUACUUUCCUGACAAAUAAUUCAUGACAAUUGAUCUAUUCCUUAUAUCAUGUCUAAGUUUCUAAUUGAUAUCCUUCUCGUGCAUUUUUUCUUUCCAGGUCGAAAUGAUUCUUCAAGCAUUAGAGUAUGAAACUGGUAUGCACUCAUUUAUGUCAACGGUUUGCCCUUUGACUCUGUGGCGCGUGAUCUCAACCCUUCAUUCAUCCCAUGAUUCUACAACUUUUAUAGUCAAGUGAUCAUUUGCACGAGCUAGAACAUGUUUUAUUGGCUUGUUUAUCAUUUUCCAGAUUUGAUUAGGAUGAUCAGAUAUUUCCGGUGAAAAGAAAUAUAGAUCGAGGAGAAUCUAAACCAUGCAACGUCUUGUGUUCUUAUCGUUUUCUUCUCUAAAUUCCUAUUAACAAUGAAUGAGUUCAUAUGUUGCAGUCUCAAGAUAAAAGCUUGGCUUUUUUCGCAUUAUUUUUUUGUUGAUCUCUGCUGAAAUCUGGAAGUAUUAUCUAAUCAUGCAGAACAAGGGAAAGACUUGGAGGAAUUCUUCCAGUCAACUUCAGGUAUGUCGAUCUGAAGUUCACCUGUAAUAUCCAUCCAUGUGGGGAUGCUGAUUCAUCCCUUUAUCUCUCUCUCUCUCUAUAUCUGUUGCAGGCAAGUUUCAGACUGAGCUGGGCAAAGCCUGGGCGUCAGAGAUUGCAUCAAGGAGAAGGAAGAAGGAAUAA